AUAGCAAGGAUACUGUUGUCAGAUAGAAUGUUUUUGAGACCAGAGACAUAUAUUCCAGAUAUGAUCUUCUGAUCUUUUGUACUACAAUGUAAUGAAUGGUACAGUCUGCUACCGGUGUUUUCAGAUCUUGGCCUCGUUUUUUGUUUUUUUCUGUCGUCCUCUGAUCAGACUGCCGUUUUUUUUCUGCUGUUAUAUAGAGCCCGCAAUCAUACGGAAUGUGGUCCAGAAGUGAUUUAGAAGAUGGAUACGAAUCUACUAAAAAAGGCUCCAGUGGUGGUUCUCCAGGAUGGGUCCCUGGCCACGAAUCAGCCUGGCACAGCAACCUCCCUGGCCCUGGGAACAGUAUCUGUGGUCAGCGGCGACUCAGCACAGUGUCUGAUAGUGGUGAUACUGGCAUUGGUACUUACUGCUCUGACAGCCUGGAAGACGACUCCAGUUCCAGCACCACGCCUUUGUCCUUCCAGCCGCUGUCCCAGCGGCACGUGAGCCAGGAUGAUAGUGCCAUCCCCAUUGUCCAUGUCACGCUGUCCCCAUCCUCCUCAACCAGCAGCACAGGCCGCGGGAGCAGGUCUUGCCAACUGCUUACACCAGCUUUGUCUCCCCUUGGUGCACCAAGCUGUCUGGACAUUAAGGACCAUCAGCCCAUCCGGAGGUGGUCCUCUCUCACCAAGUUGUCCUCUGGGGCUAAUAAGAGCUCCAUUAGGACAUCACGCAAUCCGUACAACUCAGAUUCACUCGGCUCCCUGGACAGAGGUCUGCUAUAUGGGUACAGAAAGGAAACCCUUGGUUCAAAUGUGGAUCUUUAUUUACCUUUAUCUUCCUCCUUGCUCUGCCAUAGCUUGCUGCAAUGCUCACCAGGUGCCGGCCCCUGCUUCAGCUACAACCACAGCAGUAGAUACAAUGGUUUGGAAAAAGACCUGUCCCUUUCCUCAGCUCUGUCCUCAUCCGUAAAACACAACAGUUUGGACAUGAACUAUAGUGCUUCACCAGAAGCUAAACUGGCUCAGGGUGGUGCACAGGUUUAUGGCCUCAGCAUACCCAAGCAAGCAAAAUCGCCACUGGGUCAUCAGACUGACAGGGGCUCCCCAAUUCAGCCUGCAAUUCGCACCCAGAUGUGGCUAACUGAGCAGAUGGAGUUUAGGCCAAAGGUAGAGGGGGGAGGUCAAAUCAGUGCUACUGGACCAGAGGGCUGUGGUGGAGAUGGACCUUUGUCAUGUCAACAGGAACAUCAGCUGGAACCAGGGCUUACCCAGAUGCUGAUGGGGACCUCCAUUCCUAUCAACUCUCUGGUGAAGGUUAAAGAGGGGCUGCUGAGACAGAGAGAGCUGGAGAUAGAUAGACAAAAGCAGCAGAUCUUGCAGCUCCGUGCCCGGAUCAAAGAGAAUGAGCUCAAAGCACAGCAUGUCCUGCAGAGCCAGAGAGGGUGGUUUGAUGGCUCACACAUUCAAAAUACUAAGGAAUCAGCAAUGAGAAAGCCAUGCAGACAGACAUGCGAUAGGCUGUGCUGUGAUGAAGAACUUAGCAGGAAGCUAGCUGUCGCUGAACUGGAAGUUCUCCAUUUGAAUGAUUUCUUCAAGCAAGUCACAAACAAAUAUACAGAGGAAAUCAGAAAAUUGGAGGAAAAGAUAAAGACAAGGGAUCGCUACAUCAGCAGUCUGAAAAAGAAGUGUCAGCGAGAGAACGAACAGAACCAAGAAAAACAGCAACGCAUAGAGACACUGGAGAAAUACCUUUCCGACCUGCCAACGCUGGACGAGGUGCAGGCACAGGCCCAGCAGCAGGAGGAGGUACAGCAGAAAGCCAAGCAUCUGGAGAAAACUGCAUCUCGGUUACAUAAGAGCCUAGAAGAAGGAUAUGCUCUGAUAAAGGAGAAAGAUAUCAGGAUUGAGAUGCAGGCCAUGAGGGAAAAGGAGUUGAUUGCAUCUGUACAAAGCCUGCAGCAGAAGGUGCAGUACUGUUUGGACGAUGGGGUGAGGUUGCCCAUGCAUGAAAGGAAGAUGCUUGAGAUGGAAAACACUCAACUCCUGGAGCAGCAAGACCACAGCAGCAGGCUAAUUGAGCAUCAGAAAGAACGGAUUGAGAGACUGACCGUGCUGCUGACGCAGCGGCAGGUGUAUGAAGGGCUGUUGGUGCAUCCCCGGUCCCAUGUGGAGAUGCCUGAAGUAGGCCGGCUGCUGAAAGAGAUGUCCCUGUGUCUACUGGACCUCCAGGCUCUCUGUAGCAUCCUGGCUCAGAGAGCGCAGGGGAAAGAGCCCAACCUGUCUCUGCUACUGGGCAUGAAAUCAUUGAGUGUUUCGGCGGAGGACAGUGACUGCAGAGUGGUGGAGGAAGAAGAAGUGAGGUUCAAGCUGCUAGAGGUCGGCCAGCUCAGGAGAGACAUCGAUGACCUGAGGAAAAGCAUCUCAGACCGCUACGCUCAGUGCAAGGGUGACAGCUGUGUCUCCCAGUGACACCCAGUACCCUCCCUGUGUGUUUCAACUUCCUCAUAAAAAAAUGAUACCAACAGUGUUACCUACAUAGUGUGGUUUGUACAUGAUGGACAAUGUUAGUGUGUCAUGUUUUUCAGUCUACCCCCAUUCAGAGUGAUUGGCCUCCAGCGUUUAACCAAAGCAAGCCACAGACAACAGAAAAAAAUAACUGAUAGAAUGUGCAUAACUGAAAAAGAAUGUGGAGAGAGAUAAGGCAUCAGACCAGCCAGGGUGUCUAAACUGAUGUUCUUUGAUUAAGAAGUGAUUUAUUCCUGAGCGGACAGACAUUAUUAUAGCUGCACUGAAGGACCGAACACGGCAUAGUUUGAGACAGCUUGAUUACUGAUAAAACACUGAGAAUUUGAUAUUUUCAAAUGAAAACUAGUUUGCUUUACAGAAGCUCAUGCACAUUAAUUAAAGAGAGAUUGAAGAGCUUGAAUGUGUGAACACUCAAUAGUGCUGUGUUACAGUGAUGGCAGACUAACACAGCUCAGCAAAACUUAGGCAUCAGAAGUAGAGUGGGUCAUCUUCCAAUCAGAAGAACGGGGUUCGAUCUCUGGCUCCUCCUUGGGCAAGACACUGAACCCAAAUUUGAACUAAAUGUAUAAAUUAAAGCACUUUCAACAUCCCAUGUCUAUGUCUUUUUCUAAAAACUUUCAAGGAUUCAGUUGUUUCUUUCAAAUUCACCAACUUUCCAGAAUUUUAAGGACCCAUGGGAACCAGCAGUAAUUAAUAUUUUUGUAUUGACAGUGGACCAAAUCAUUUGUAAUGCUAAACUGACAGAGAAACUGCAUUUCUCCUAUUCUUUAUGAAGGGUUAUAUUCAUAUCUGCAAAAUUUGUAAAUGUGCAACUGUUUGCUAACACAUUCACCAUAACAAUUUUAUAAGAUGAUAUGUCAAUAAUGUAUUUACAGCUUUUAAAUAAAUACUACCAGCUUGGAAAAGAGCACAUUCAGGCAUAGUCUGAGUGAUU